AUGGUUAAAUGGCAUCGUUCCAAUCAAAUCAUCAAGAAGCUUAGUAUUGAUGGUGUUAUCUCGGAGGACCAGGCUACCAUGGCGGCUCAUGUGAUUCAGUUCCAUGAGGAUCUCUUUUCUGAGCCGAUUUCUGGCGUGGUGGACAGGUCCUGGAUUUCUGGUUACAUUCCUUCCUCUGUCACCUCGCCGCAGGCUGACUUACUUACUGCUCUCCCUUCAGCAGAUGAUAUUCGUUCGGUGGUCUUCUCCAUGGAUAGAAAUAGCGCUCUCGGUCCGGAUGAUUUUAAUGGAGCAUUUUUUCAGCAUUCUUGGGAAGUGGCCGAUGCUAUUCUUGUGUCUAACUACCGUCCUAUUGUGCUUGGAAACUUCUUCUUCAAAGUUAUCACCAAAAUUCUGGCCUCUCGGUUGAAUGCAGUAGCGGCAGAGAUUGUUUCGGCCAACCAGUUUGAUUUUAUCUCAGGUCGUUCUAUUCAGGAGUGUAUUCUGCUCGCCUCUGAAGGUGUUAACUGCAUGGAGCGUUCGAUUCAGAGGAGAAAUAUGGUCCUGAAGGUCGAUAUCAGGAAGGCUUUUGACACCCUGAGUUGGGAGUUUGUUGAUGUUGUUUUGGAUAGCUUUGGGUUCCCUCCUCUUUUCCGGCAGUGGAUCAGGGUCAUCUUUCAGUCGGCCUGGAUUUCUGUUCUCUUUAAUGGAGAGCAACAUGGGUUCUUUAGCUGCUCGCGUGGGGUCAGGCAUGUAGACCCUUUGUCUUCGAUUUUGUUUAGCUUGGCGGAGGAGGUUUUGAGUCGCCUUCUCUUGGAUGCUGCGGAUAGGGGCUUUAUUGCUCGUAUGCGGAUGUCCCGGUCCCUGCUCUUUCCUUCUCAUCUUCUGUAUGCUGUUGAUGUUCUUUUAUUUUGCAAGGCUGAGAGGCGCAGUUGCCGGAUGAUUGAGUCUAUUCUCCAUAUUUAUGCCCCGUCUCUGAUAAGUUCUGUCGUGCCUCCUCUGCCCGGCUUGCUUGCAUUCGGGAUCACAUUAUUGCCUAUUUCCCUAGAUGGCAGGGCAUGCAGUGGCUACAGGAUCGUUGACAGGAUUGUGAUUCCGGUCGAGGUUCACCAUUCUCUCGGGCAGUCGAUCUCGGACUAUUACUUUGAUGACUCAUGGCAUCUCACUCUGGGUUUCUUGCAAGCUUUUCUGGACAUUGCUUUUGACAUUGUCUCUAUUCCUAUCAGUGGUGGGGAGGAUCGUCGGGCUUGGACUCAUUCUUAUUUUGGUGAGGUUUCCUCCUCGCUUGCCAUGGAUCAUGUUCAUCCUAGUUUCCCGAAUGCGGGAGAGGAUAUUGACCAUCUUUUUUGGGAAUGUGCUACUGCUAGACAUGUUUGGAGCUUCCUCUUCACUUGGUUCAGGGUGGAUGGUUCGUCGAUCUAUGAUAUUAGGAGUUUGAUCAUUUGGGCUAUGAAUGUGCCUGCUAGCAAGCAGGUGGAUAAUCUUUGGCGGGUUGGUGUUAUGUCUACCGUUUGGAGCCUCUGGAAUCUCCGCAACAGAGCUGUGUUUGAUGAGGCUCUGACGAUUCAGGUCAAGGCCUUCAUUCUGGAAGCCUCUCGCUUCAGUUUGGGUGAGAUGGCUAACUCGGUUGAGGAGUUGCUUAUUCUUCAUGGUCUUGGGGUGCCGGGUAGACCUCGACGUCCUAUUUCCUACUUAUAUGUGUUCUGGCUUCCUCCUCCUCAUCUGUGGCGGAAGAUCAACAUUGAUGGCUCGGUUCAUGGCUCCCCUCAUCUCAUUCAUGCUGAUGGGAUUAUUCAGGAUUCCUAG